GACAACAUUGCCUUCUUCUUAAGAGGUUGCAGGGAAGUGGGACUGAAGGAAUCUCAGCUAUUUGACCCGGGAGACUUGCAGGAGACUUGCGCAAGCCGAACGACAAUCAAGAAUCCUGACGGUGGCAGAAAGCUGAAAAAUGUUUUAGCCACCGUCUAUUGGCUGGGGAAAACGGCAAACAACAGCACUUACUUCAAUGGGCCAGCAUUGAACCUGAAAGAAUUUGAAGGAUUGUUAACCCAGAUGAGAAAGGACACAGAAGACGUGGAGAGCCCGAAGCGCAGCAUCCGUGACAGUGGCUACAUCGAUUGCUGGGACUCUGAGCGCAGCGAUUCCCUUUCUCCCCCGCGUCACGGCCGGGAUGACUCCUUCGACAGCCUGGAUUCCUUCGGAUCCCGCUCACAGCAGACACCGUCUCCAGACGUGGUGCUGAGAGGGAGCAGCGAUGGAAGAGGAAGUGAUUCGGAGUCUGACCUGUCCCAUCGAAAGCAUCCAGACGUGAAGAAGGAUGACAUGUCUGCCAGGCGGACGUCUUACAGCGAGCCCAAAUCAGUUGUGCCUUUUAACCAAUACCUUCCCAACAAAAACAAUCAGUCUGCCUAUAUUCCGGCUCCACUCAGGAAGAAGAAAGCCGAACGAGAUGACUUCCGGAAGAGUUGGAGCACCAUGUCGUCCCCACUAGGAGGAGAGAGACCUUUCAGGUAA